UAUCAGAAUGUUACUGCAGUACAUAUCAGAAUGUUACUGCAGUACAUAUCAGAAUGUUACUGCAGUACAUAUCAGAAUGUUACUGCAGUACAUAUCAGAAUGUUACUGCAGUACAUAUCAGAAUGUUCCUUCUGUCUCUGAUAGGAUUAUAACAUGCUGUUACUGCAGUACAUUUCAGAAUGUUACUGCAGUACAUAUCAGAAUGUUCCUUCUGUCUCUGAUAGGAUUAUAACCUGCUGUUACUGCAGUACAUAUCAGAAUGUUACUGCAGUACAUAUCAGAAUGUUACUGCAGUACAUAUCAGAAUGUUCCUUCUGUCUCUGAUAGGAUUAUAACAUGCUGUUACUGCAGUACAUAUCAGAAUGUUACUGCAGUACAUAUCAGAAUGUUACUGCAGUACAUAUCAGAAUGUUCCUUCUGUCUCUGAUAGGAUUAUAACAUGCUGUUUAUGCAGUACAUAUCAGAAUGUUACUGCAGUACAUAUCAGAAUGUUACUGCAGUACAUAUCAGAAUGUUACUGCAGUACAUAUCAGAAUGUUACUGCAGUACAUAUCAGAAUGUUCCUUCUGUCUCUGAUAGGAUUAUAACAUGCUGUUACUGCAGUACAUAUCAGAAUGUUACUGCAGUACAUAUCAGAAUGUUACUGCAGUACAUAUCAGAAUGUUACUGCAGUACAUAUCAGAAUGUUCCUUCUGUCUCUGAUAGGAUUAUAACAUGCUGUUACUGCAGUACAUAUCAGAAUGUUACUGCAGUACAUAUCAGAAUGUUACUGCAGUACAUAUCAGAAUGUUACUGCAGUACAUAUCAGAAUGUUCCUUCUGUCUCUGAUAGGAUUAUAACAUGCUGUUACUGCAGUACAUAUCAGAAUGUUACUGCAGUACAUAUCAGAAUGUUACUGCAGUACAUAUCAGAAUGUUACUGCAGUACAUAUCAGAAUGUUCCUUCUGUCUCUGAUAGGAUUAUAACAUGCUGUUACUGCAGUACAUAUCAGAAUGUUACUGCAGUACAUAUCAGAAUGUUACUGCAGUACAUAUCAGAAUGUUACUGCAGUACAUAUCAGAAUGUUACUGCAGUACAUAUCAGAAUGUUACUGCAGUACAUAUCAGAAUGUUACUGCAGUACAUAUCAGAAUGUUCCUUCUGUCUCUGAUAGGAUUAUAACAUGCUGUUACUGCAGUACAUAUCAGAAUGUUACUGCAGUACAUAUCAGAAUGUUACUGCAGUACAUUUCAGAAUGUUACUGCAGUACAUAUCAGAAUGUUCCUUCUGUCUCUGAUAGGAUUAUAACAUGCUGUUACUGCAGUACAUAUCAGAAUGUUACUGCAGUACAUAUCAGAAUGUUACUGCAGUACAUAUCAGAAUGUUACUGCAGUACAUAUCAGAAUGUUACUGCAGUACAUAUCAGAAUGCUACUGCAGUACAUAUCAGAAUGCUACUGCAGUACAUAUCAGAAUGUUACUGCAGUACAUAUCAGAAUGUUCCUUCUGUCUCUGAUAGGAUUAUAACAUGCUGUUAAUGCAGUACAUAUCAGAAUGUUACUGCAGUACGUAUCAGAAUGUUACUGCAGUACGUAUCAGAAUGUUCCUUCUGUCUCUGAUAGGAUUAUAACAUGCUGUUUAUGCAGUACAUAUCAGAAUGCUACUGCAGUACAUAUCAGAAUGUUACUGCAGUACAUAUCAGAAUGUUCCUUCUGUCUCUGAUAGGAUUAUAACAUGCUGUUAAUGCAGUACAUAUCAGAAUGUUACUGCAGUACAUUUCAGAAUGUUACUGCAGUACGUUGUAAGUCGCUCUGGAUAAGAGCGUCUGCUAAAUGACUUAAAUGUAAUGUAAAUGUAAUGUAAUGUAUCAGAAUGUUACUGCAGUACGUAUCAGAAUGUUCCUUCUGUCUCUGAUAGGAUUAUAACAUGCUGUUAAUGCAGUACAUAUCAGAAUGUUACUGCAGUACAUAUCAGAAUGUUACUGCAGUACAUUUCAGAAUGUUACUGCAGUACAUUUCAGAAUGUUACUGCAGUACAUUUCAGAAUGUUACUGCAGUACAUUUC